AUGAAUUAAUCUGAUGAGGCUGAGGUAAUUUCAAAUAUUAUUAGAGAUAACUCUUUAAGUGUGUGAUCCAAAGAUAAUUUCAGGAAUAAAUAAAUACAUCGUUUACACUAUAAAAGGAAUGGAUAAAAAUGGAUAAUUUGACAUUUAGAGAAGAUUUAGCGACUUUAAGACUAUUAGAUAAUUUCUUUUGACUAAAUGGCCCGGGUGCUAUAUACCACCUGUUCCACCAAAAAAAGCGUUUGUAUUAGAUUAUUUCAAAACUCUUUAGGGUAAUAUGGAAUAGUAAUUUAUUGAUGAGAGAAGGGAGAUGUUAGAAGAUUUUUUAAAGAGAAUAGCAACUCUUAAGUUUUUAUGGUAUUCAGAAGAGUUUUAAAUUUUCUUGAAAACUCCUGGCGAGAUUGAAAAAGUAAUUUUUGACCUCAUAAAAGGCUUUGUUAUCUAUUCCUAAAGUAACAAAUGAUGAGAUUAUCAAUAAAUAUCAAGAUACAUUUUCAGAAUUAUCAGGAGUAAACUAUAAAUAAUUAAUCUUGUUAGAGGGAAAUUAAUAGAGAGAUUAUUUAGAAAAUAAAUGAUUUUAAAGCAUUCAUUAAAAAAGUCUAGCCAAUGGUCUAAAAUUUUAAGUAAAUUGCAAAAAAUAUCGCAGAAGCCAAACAAUCUCAUUAAAUCAUUUUAAUUGAUUUCAUAAUAAGAGGUAUUCCUUAAUAUGAAAAUACUCUUUUAUUGGAAUACGUAGAAUAAAAAGAAAAACUUCCUUUUACUAAUAUAAUAUAAAAUGAAGAAGUUAAAGAGUUGAUCGAUUAAUAUGUAAUUUUUGUGGUAUAUUUUAGUGUGAAUUAUUAAAGGAUCCUAAGUUGAAUCAACUAUAUUAAGAAGUAAGAAAGGAAGGAAAAUAGUUGAAGGUAAUUUAAGUAUAAUAAACAAAGGCGUUUCUGGAAACAUUUUCAGAACGAGAGAAGUAUGAGUAUUAAAAGGCAAAUGCAGAAUCGCGUUAAAAAGAACUAGAGUUGGCAUUAUAAGAGGUUUUAGCUGGCAAGACUACUAUCAGAACCUUAUUUAGCAAAGGGAAAAAGGAUGACAAUAUUGCUAAGCUAUAAUAUCAAAUUACUGAGGUAGGAAAGGAAAUAGAAAGUUAUCAAUUCAUUUGUGACAUCCUUACUGUACUAGUUGGGUAUGUAGAGAUUGAUAAGUUUAAAGUUGAAAAGUAGUAUCAAUAUUAUAGCAUGAUAAAGAAUAUUAUUUCUUAUUAAAGCAGGUUUUCAGAAAUUGAGGAAAAGUUAUGGAGCAAAGUAUUGGAAAGUGAAUAUCUGUAAUAAUAAUAAUAAUGA